GUGUGUCUCCGGUGUCCUCUUUCGGCCAGCACCUCGCUCUUCGCUUCUCGGGGUUGUCUCCAGGUUCUCACUUUCUCCUUCUCCUUCACCGUCUCCCCACCCCUGGUGCCAGCCAUUCUCCCGGGCUUCGGUGUCCAGACCGGAGGGCCUGCCCUGUGCCCCGUGGAAGAGCCCCUCGAGCCCAGCUCAGCCUCGAGAGCCACCGAGGAGCCUGGGUCCCGUGCAGAGAUCAUGGAAGAAGUGACAUCAUCCUCCUUCAACAACCCUCUGUUCCAGCAGGAAGACAAGAAAGGGAUUACCUACCGGAUCCCGGCCCUGCUCUAUGUGCCCCCCACCUGCACGUUCCUGGCCUUUGCAGAGAGGCGUUCAACAAGCAGGGAUGUGGAUGCACUCUACCUGGUGCUGAGGCGAGGGUUGAGGACUGGGCACUCAGUACAGUGGGGACCCCUGAAGCCACUGGUGGAAGCCAGUUUACCUGGGCAUCGGACCAUGAACCCCUGUCCUGUGUGGGAGCAAAAGAGUGGCUGUGUGUAUCUGUUCUUCAUCUGUGUGCGGAACCAUGUCACCGAACGUCAACAGAUUAUGUCAGGCAAGAAUGCUGCUCGCCUCUGCUUUGUCUGCAGUCAGGAUGCUGGAUGCUCGUGGAGUGAGGUCAUUCAGCAAAGAAGAGGCAGAAGUGGGAUGAUGCUUACUUCACAAGUUGAUAUGAGGAGAGUGGUGUUGCCUAAGUCCUUGGAGCAUGGUGGGCAUUUAGCAGCUGGUAAGAAGCUGAAGGUGAUGGUCCCUGGAGCAGUGGGUCUCACUGUGUGCUCAAACCAAGGUCAUCCUUUUUUGUUUUAUCCAAGAGAAAUGCAUUUCUUUUUCUCCUUGGAAGCCCAGAUCUACUGGAAUCAUAUCCCAGUGUCCCCAACCUUUAGAGCAGCUGCCUUUUCAAAAUCCAGAGUCAUUCUAAACAUAGAUUUUGUUGUCAUCAACUAGGAAUGGAACCAGAAAUGAGAGCAUGGAUUCCCUGAAGGGGUAAACAUAGAACUUGAUAACAGGUGAAGCCGACUUAGUGCCAAUGGGAAGCCCAGGGGCCUGCAGGCACUGGGCAGCUCUCUGAGCCACAAUUUGGAAAUAGAUUUUUGUGUUUGGCUUUAGCUAGCAGUGCUGCCUCAGUCUUUCCCCACUGUGGGCCAGUCUCUUGAGCUGUACCCGGUAGCUAGGUCUGAGCUCCCAAGCAAGGUGAAUAGUCCUCCAUAUUCUCUCAUCUUUGUAAUAACAAAAAAAAAAAAAAAAAAAAGCAAGGCAUCAUUGUCCCCAAGCUACAAAUGAGGAAACUGAGCAUUGAAAAGGUUAAAUGGGCAAGUAUCUUUAUAGUUUCUUCAUCUAUAAAAACCAGGGUAAUAAAAGUCCCUCAUAGUGUUGUAAGGAUCAAGUGAUACAAUAUUAAAACUUAGAUAAAAGUUUAAAAGUAUCUGGUACAUAGUAGGUGUCCAGAGAAUGGAAGCUUCUGGGACUUUUGUUUUUUCCUGUAGUAAUUAUAUUAGCCCAUCACAUGUGCACAGUGGGUGCUAGAGCUAAAUGCUUGUGUCUCCCUUAAUUCAUAUGUUGAAAUUUAACAAGGUGAUGAUAUUAAGAAAACGGGCCUUUGGGGAGUAAUUAAGUCAUGAGGGCUUGUCCUCAAGAAAGGGACUGGGGCCCUCAUAAAAAGCCUAAAGAAGCUUAUUAGCCCCUUUGUCCAUGUGAGGAUGCAGUUACAGGGUGCAAGCUGUGAGGCAGAAAGCAAGUCUUUGCUAAAUCUUCAGUCACAAAAUCUGCUGGCCUUGAUCUUGAACUUUCUAGCCUCUAGAACUGUGAGAAAUAAACUUCUGUUGUUUAUGAA